AAUGGACUCAGCAUUUUUGUUUUGGGAAAAGCACUUUAACAAUCAAAUUGAAGUAAGUUGGGAUGAAUUUAGUGAUGCCUUUUCUAAGUUUAUCUUAUAGUAUGGAUCAAUUAUUUUAGAUGAAGAAUAAUUAUUAUUCAUUAAAUAGAUUAUCGAUCCUGAUUACAGAAAUGUCAUUAAAAUUGGAGAUUAUAUCAUAUUUUAUGAGAUAGUAUUCUAUUAAAUAUAUCAUUAGUAUUGGAAAAUAUAAUCUAAAAGAUAAGCAUUGUUCAAACAUUAAUUUACAUUGUAAUCCUUUUAAAUUCCUAAAUAAAUAUUAAGAUGCAUUUAACUAAAGGUUCUCUACAUCACUAAUGGAUAUCCAGAUUAAUUUAGAGACAUUUAAAUUACUAGAACUACUUAAAACAACCUUCCUUUGAAAUAAGAGGAAGUAUUUACUAUUGGAAGUGGAUAAAAUUGUGAUCUUCAAAUUUUGAAUGACUUAAAAGUUAAUCCUAUACAUACUAAGUUUAUAUGGACUCCAAAUAAUCUAUUCUUAAUUAAAGAUAAUUCAAAAUCAUUUAGAACAUGUUAAAGAAUCAAAUAAUAACUUAUUUUAGAUGCUUAUAUGAUUAUUAAACUCAAUUAAGAAACUUUAUUCUAAGUCAAAUAUAUUUAACCUAUUCCCAAAUUUUCAACUCAAAUUUCUACUUUCUAAGAGAGUCUCAAAAAUUCUUUACCUGAUCUUCUUAAAUAAAUAAGUUAAUAUAAAUCAGUUUAAGAUUUUAGAGAACGAAAAAUUAAUUUUAUUCAGCAUGAAGAAGAACCAAUUUUAAUUAUUGAAUUUAUUGGAGGACCUUUAAAAGGAUAAGAAUUUACACUUAAACCUAAUUAAGAAUUUAUAUUAGGUUGUGGUAAAAAAUGUUUUAUAGUUAUUCAUGACUCUACUUUGUAAAAAGAACAUUGUUUAAUUAAAUUUAAAAAUAACUAAUGGUUAAUCUAUCCAAAAGAAUCAAAUCAUUUAGAUCCUACUCAAUUUGGUACAUUUGCUUUAUUAGCUAAUCAAUAAUAAUAUGAUUUAUAUUUACCUAGCAAAUGCCAUGUAUUACAUGAAGGAAUGUAGAUUCUCAUUGGACCAAUUCUGUUCCAAAUUCAUUAUUUUUAUUGA